CGCUGCUAUCCCGAAGUCCAAGUCGCUCUCCUCUUCCUCCCCCUUGCAGAAAUGCUGCCAGGAUCGAACCACCGCCGCUGACAAAUCGCACAAACCAAACCACCUGCGAUUCGUCGAAUCCUUCCCCUCCACUUCCUCCGGCUGGGAAGCCUCCGGCGACCCGCGUCUAGGCUCUAGGUCCAAGAACCCACCACGGCACCACCAGUCCUCACGGCCCCGUACAAGAACGCACCACCCCUCUCCCUCUCCGUUGCGGCGGCCGUACCAGUCGGUGGCCUGGGCAGGUGCGGUGCGGUGGCCACGUUGUGACCUUCGUCUUCGUCUCCACACUGAGAGAGGAGAGAGGGGAGGGAUAGAGACCUGGCGUCGCGGAGCAAGGCGAGGAGGACGUCUCACCUCUACUCACCUAGUCACUCUCUGCGGCGUCCGUUCCUCGAGCUCUCUCCGCCACCAACCAGCAGACGCAGCGGUACGACCCGGCUCCUCCUCGUCGGCGAUUCUUGGGCGGUCGGCUGUUGGGCGCCGGUCACGCUGCCAUGAGAACUCGGUAGCUCCAAACAUCUACCUAGGAAGUUCAGCAUGGGUUCUGGGAAUUUGUUGAUGAAGAAGGUGGUAAAGCCCAGCUCCUUUGAUCUGGACAUAAAAUUCGAUCAGAGAUGGAUGGAGGAUGUUACUUGCCCUAUCUGUCUUGAUAUCCCUCACAAUGCAGUCUUACUGAGGUGCACCUCAUAUGAGAAGGGUUGUAGACCAUUCGUAUGUGACACAGAUCAGACACGUUCAAACUGUCUUGAGAGGUUCAAAGUUGCUCAUGGGAUACCAGUCAGUGUGAAAGUCUCAUCUCUUGCUGUGGCUCCCCUUGAUAGCAUUCAUAUCAUUUCGUCUAAUGCAAAUAACCGCCCAGCCUGCCCAUUGUGCAGAGGUGAUGUGAUUGGGUGGUUUGUUAUUGAUGAGGCUCGCUUGCAUCUUAACCAGAAGAAAAGAUGCUGUGAAGAGAGUUCCUGCUCAUAUGCUGGUAACUUCCAUGAACUUCAGAAGCACACCCAACAAAAACAUCCAAAUUCACGCCCUUCAGAGGUUGAUCCUGCUCGCCGGGUUGAUUGGGAGAAUUUGCAGCAGUCUUCUGAUAUAAUAGAUGUUUUGAGCACAAUACAUGCACAGGUUCCUAAUGGUGUAGUCUUGGGAGAUUAUGUCAUCGAGUAUGGGGAUGAUGAAGCUGGAGAUGAGUAUGAAGUUUACCACAGGGUUAGAAGGAACUGGUGGGCAUCCUGUAUUUUUUGCAAGGCUUUCCGCAGAUCUUCAGGAGGCCGAAGAAGGGCAAGAACAAGGGAAAGGAGAGAGAGUGGAACGAGGAGCAGCAAUAGAUCUAGUCAAGAAAGCCUUACCCUUGAAGUGCCAUCUAGAUCUGUUGACAUAAGAGAAAUCAGAUUUGAUGAAAUUGAUGAUGAAUAUAUAGUUACUGGGGCCAUGCCUAGGGUUGCGGGGUCAAGGAGAAUGGCUGGUCAUUACAGGGAUCCCAGGUUCAGACACCGACGUUCACACAUGUAGGAUCAACCAGCAAAAAAGGAAAAGCUGUGCUGAUGUCGGAUGUGGCAACAACCAGAAUCGUUCUACCUCUGUUCAUUUAUUUUUCUUUUGCUUAAAAGAAGAAGAAAAGAAAUUUACCCCUGUAGGAGGUGCUCUGGCAGCCCAAAUUUCCUGUACAGAAAAUACAGCAGUAAGCCUUUUUCUUACUGUUGAUUUGCAGCGUGUCUCGUGAUUCGUCACCGUUGUAGGUUCUUGAAUGUAAAUAUUUAGCUCCCUACCUUAUAGUAGCAAUGUUGAAGAUCAGCUUGUCUUGCAGAUCCUUGUAUCUCAAAAUGCAUUCUCUGGAAUGCAUCCAGCUUUAACGGCAAAAAUGCCCCUAAGAUUUACCAUGCC